AUGACUACCGUCCGACGGUGCGUCUGGAACCAAAUACCGGCACGCAUACGGAGAUCUACCCUGGAGUGGCCAAAUAGUGAAGGAGGCACGGGACUACCAUCAAUCAUCACGUACUAUCAAGCAAUGCACCUCCAUCGACUAGUCGACUGGCACGCCAACCCAAGCACUAAACAAUGGGUUAACAUGGAACUACAGCAAGCACAGGGGAAGAUCCCCAUCCUACUAUGGAUAGGAGAAGCAACACAAGGGGACAUGUACACAGGUAAUCCAAUGAUAGAUGCCACACUGAGGGUCUGGUGCAGAGUGUGA